AUGCCAAAGAGAAGAUCCGGCAGAGACAACGGUGGUGAAUCGAGAGUGCUCUUCAGGUUCCCAGGGCUCCAUAAAGAUGUUGUGAAGGCAGUCUCUGGUGAAAUGGCGUCGCCACGGUUCCACGGCCGCGGUAGCAACCAGACCCCCAACCGGGAAUACUCGACCCACGUCAUGGGCAGAUUCGAGUGCAAAAACAGUGCCUGUUCUUCGGGUGGCUGGGCCAGCAAGAAGAUCGCAAUAGUGAUCAAGGGGUUUCCCGACAAUGGAUACAACGCAGAGGUCUAUAACCAGCGAUGCAAGUUCUGCGACAAGCUCGGUACGCUCAUAUUGGACAAGGAAUCAUAUGUUGAACGAGUUGCAUACAGAAUCAAAAGAUGGGCAGGCGUAGAGGUGGAGCACCCACACUAUGGGCCAAAGAAGGGUCUCCCCCAUGAGAGCGCUCAUUGCGAGGGCUGCAAGAGAGGUGUGUGUCGAGAGACGAGUGGUUGA